AUGGAUUCUUCCCAGCUGGUUGGAGGCGCAGAAGAAUGUAGUAGCAGUGAGUCGGGGUGGACCAUGUACCUCGCCUCUCCCAUGCAUGGCCAAGCCCAAAUAGAGGACGAGGGGGAGACAAGCGAAGACGACUACGGCGAUCAUGGCGGUGCCUCCGGCGGUGGCGAGGACGCCGACUCCCUCGCUUCCGAUGCCUCUUCUGGUCCCCCCCAUCGCAGCCUCUCCCACAAAGACGGCUCCUUAAGUGGGGCUCCCACUCCCAACCAGAAGGGCAGCGAAGAAGAAGAGGAUGAUGAAGAAGGCCAUCGGAUGGAGAGGUACACUUGCAGGAAAUCUCGCAAGAGCAAGGAGAAGAAGCGCGACAAUGGCGGUGCGUCUGUUUCUCCCAUGGCUGAGGGCGGGGGCGCCCUCUCCUGCAGCAGUGAGAAGUUAACAAGGAAAUAG